AUGGAUGUGGAUAAUGAUGUCUCAACUGUGCUUGCCCAGUUGAGACUGGAGCUUGAAUCUUCGGAUCUCAUUCAAGUUAUCUAUCAAUUAGAAGACUACUACGAAAGGAAAUUGUGGAACCAGUUGACUUUAGCUCUCGAGGAGCUCUAUCAAAACCCUGAGAGUCAAGUGGGGACUUUGAGACAGCAGAUCUUUAGUCUGUUUUUGUCUCAGUUCCAAAAUAAGCUCAAUCAGAUCAAGAUCGUGGAUUUCUUAUUGCAAUCGUUUGAUGACAACCAGGUUUGCUAUGACAAAUUGAUCGAGUUGAAAGGCUCAUUGGUCCUGGAAUUGACCAAGAAGUAUGGCACAAGAAAGCCAGACAACUUAGAUGAGCUCAUCAAUAACGAUGAGUCGGUCAUUUACAUCAACUUGCAGAUUGCUAGGUAUGCAUUGCUCUUGAACGAUCCCAACCUGGCGGAUGAUAUUUUGGAGUCUGUUGGCGACAAAUUCGAGAAUACAUUGCAGAAUGAGUUCAGCUCUAAGAUCAAUGCAGCUUUCUAUUUGACCAAGUGUCAGUAUUACAAGAUUCACGACAAUUACAACUUGUUCUAUACCAAUGGCUUAUUAUACCUUUCCUCAUUGGAUGCGCCUCUACCAGAUGAACAACAGGUGAAGUUUUGCUAUGAUUUAUGCAUUGCUGCUCUUCUUGGAAACAAAAUCUACAAUUUUGGUGAGUUGAUUCUUCAUGACAUUUUAAAAGUUAUAAGCAACCCAGAAGGCGAAUACUUCUGGUUGUUCAACCUAAUCCAGCACCUCAACUCUGGUAAUCUAGCCAAGUUUAAUGAAUGGCUUAAACCAUCUUUAGCAAAGAGCCCUCUCCUUGCCCAUCACGAUACUUUCUUGAAUCAGAAAAUUAUCAUAAUGUCUUUGUUGGAAUUGAUUUCCACGGAGCUGACCACCAACAAGAAGUUGCUGUUCAAGUCUAUAAGUGAAGUGACGGGUACACCAAUAGAUGAGGUAGAGUACCUUAUCAUCAAAUGUUUCUCGCUCAAUUUGAUAAAGGGAUACAUCAAUCAGAUUCAACAAAUCUUGGUCGUGACGUGGUUACAGCCCCGAAUCUUAAAUUUGGACCAAGUCAAGAAUCUCUAUAAUCACCUAGUUGAAUGGGACUCGAGAGUUGAACACUUGGCUGAGGAUGUGCAUUCUCGUGGAGGCACGUUAUGGGCUUCUGGAUAA